AUCCAUCUCUCGCAAAUCAUUCAACUUCGAUUGUGUCUGCUUCCAUUACUGUCUGUAACGUAUGGAAACACUUCCAUUUAUCUUCAGCUUGGUUGCUGCAUUCUUUGCUUACGCGCUUUGGUUCCAUGUCCUAGCCAAGAGGUUAACCGGUCCGAGAGUAUGGCCUCUAGUCGGUAGCCUGCCGGCAAUCUUCGUGAACCGGAGGCGGAUCCAUGAUUGGAUCGCUAGUAACCUUCGAGCAACCACUGGCUUGGCGACGUAUCAAACGUGUACCAUUCCUCUUCCUUUCUUGGCUUGGAAACAAGGGUUCUAUACUGUCACUUGCCACCCCAAGAACAUAGAGCAUAUUCUCAAGACUCGGUUCGAUAACUACCCAAAAGGGCCUCAUAUGCAAGCUGCAUUUCAUGAUCUUUUGGGGCAAGGGAUCUUCAAUAGUGAUGGAGAGACGUGGCUCAUACAAAGGAAAACCGCAGCUCUUGAGUUCACGACCCGGACGCUCAGGCAAGCCAUGGCUCGAUGGGUGAACCGGACCAUCAAGGAUCGGCUAUGGUGUAUUUUGGAUAAAGCCUGCAAUGAGAAGAAAUCAGUGGACUUGCAAGACUUGUUGCUUCGAUUAACAUUUGACAAUAUUUGUGGUCUUACCUUUGGUAAGGAUCCCGAAACGCUCUCUCCAGAGUUACCUGCGAACCCAUUUGCCGUUGCUUUCGAUGCCGCCACCGAAGCAACUCUCUAUAGGUUCCUUUAUCCUGGUUUCCUAUGGAGAUUGGAGAAAGUUUUGGGGAUUGGAGCAGAGAAAACACUGAAGAGUAGCCUAGAAAUCGUCGGAAACUACAUGAACGAUGCAUUUGAAGCGAGAAAAAAAGCUCCAUCUGAUGAUCUACUGUCCCGUUUUAUGAAGAAGAGAGAUAGUGGAGGCAACCUCUUUACAAGUGACACUCUCCAACACAUUGCUCUUAACUUCGUCCUCGCUGGUAGGGACACCUCUUCUGUGGCCCUCAGCUGGUUCUUCUGGCUUGUCAUGAACCAUCCACAUAUCGAACAAAAGAUCAUCAAUGAAAUAUCAACGGUUCUCCGCGAGUCACGUGGACAAGAUACCAAGAAAUGGCUUGAAGAGCCUCUUCUGUUUGAUGAAGCAGACAAAUUGAUAUAUCUCAAAGCAGCAUUAGCUGAAACGCUGCGUCUAUACCCCUCAGUUCCAGAGGACUUCAAGCAUGUCAUCCAAGACGAUGUCUUACCAGACGGCACCUUCGUGCCCGCCGGCUCAACUGUGAUAUAUUCAAUAUAUUCAGUUGGAAGAAUGAUGACAAUAUGGGGAGAAGAUUGUAUGGAGUUUAGGCCUGAAAGGUGGAUAUCAGAAAGUAGUGACAAGUUCGACCCACCGAAGGAUAGUUUCAAGUUUGUGGCAUUCAAUGCAGGGCCACGGAUUUGCUUGGGGAAAGACUUGGCUUACCUACAAAUGAAGUCCAUAGCCUCUGCAGUUCUGCUCCGUUACCGACUUUCAUCAGUUCCGGGACACCAGGUGGAGCAGAAGAUGUCUCUCACUCUAUUCAUGAAGAACGGCCUUCAUGUUUACAUGCAGCCGCGUCCACUUCCAUAGUUAAUGGGCGUAUUUGGGUUAUUAGAGUUUAUACACUCAGCUGUGUAUUUGGACCAUUAAAUUGUCUUUGUUGGUUUUGAUUCCAGUUGCUUAAGGGUAUACUUUGUCAUUCAAAAGAGUAAUAUCUAUAUU